CUGAAACCAACCAGUCGACCAACCAGGAACAGGAACAAGCAACAAAAACUCUAGAACAACAACAACAACAACUGUCUGAACAUUUGACAAAAGUCUCAAACAUCCAACACUAAUAAGUCACCAAUAACCUCCCAGUAACAUCUGUCUGCAGUCACACUUUAAUAAAACCUCUCUGCUGCUGCUGCUGCUGCUGAGGCGUUCAAGUCACACUGCGCUCUGUGCUGUUGCAUAAUCCCGUUAUUUCCUUUACUGCUGCGACUUGAACCGUUAUCUGUGGUUCCGCAUCUGCUUCAAACGCGUCGACCGUGUUUGAAUCCGAGUUCCGUCGACUCGUCUGUCGGCAGGUCAGCCAGCCUCACAUAUCACAUUUGUAGCCGCUGUUAUUGCUGCUACUGCGCAUCUUAACUCCUCCCGGUCUUUGCGCGAACGUCGUGCGACCAAACACCAGCCAGACGCACACGCACACGCACACGCGGAGGAUUCUAUAAAAGCUGUGCAGCUGUCAGGUGGAGGACACUGGCUGUGUUUGACUGAGGGGGAGACUCACAGGGACUACAGUCUGUUCAGUUCAUCUCAGAAGAUCUAAAGUGCCACCAUGUCCUGGCGAUACGCAGACAACAACGGACCCGCCAAAUGGGUGGAGAACUUCCCCAUCGCAGACGGACCUCGCCAGUCUCCCAUUGACAUCGUUCCGGGCGAAGCGUCGUACGACGCCGGGCUGAAGCCGCUGUCCCUGAAGUACGACCCCUCCACCUGCCUGGACAUUCUCAACAACGGACAUUCCUUCCAGGUGACCUUCGUGGACGACGGAGACAACUCGACUCUGACCAACGGGCCCAUCUCAGGGACCUACAGGCUCAAGCAGUUCCACUUCCACUGGGGGGGCAGUGACGACAGAGGCUCUGAACACACCGUGGCCGGGACCAAGUAUCCUGCUGAGCUCCACCUGGUGCACUGGAACACCAAGUAUCCCAAUUUUGGAGAUGCUGCCAGUAAAUCCGACGGCCUGGCUGUGGUUGGAGUUUUCCUGAAGAUUGGUGCUGAUAAUCCCAACCUACAGAAGGUUCUGGAUGCCUUUGACUCCAUUAAGGCCAAGGGAAAGCAGACCACGUUUCCCAAUUUCGACCCCACUUCCCUGCUCCCUGGAUCCCUGGACUACUGGACCUACGAUGGUUCUCUGACCACACCACCUCUGCUGGAGAGCGUCACCUGGAUUGUGUGCAAAGAGCCGAUCAGCGUGAGCCCCGCUCAGAUGGCCAAAUUCCGCAGCCUGCUCUUCUCCGCUGAGGGUGAGCCCGAGUGCUGCAUGGUGGACAACUACCGCCCCCCCCAGCCACUCAAGGGUCGCCCCGUCCGCGCUUCCUUCAAGUAAUCGCCCCUCCCCCUCAACUCCACCCCACUCCUUUUGUUGCCCGCCCCGUCUUACCCUUCCCCCUCUACACCCUCUCUCGCCCACAUACCCGACUCCGUCCAGUUUCUUCCAAAUGUGGCCCCAAUGCUUUUAUGAUGCUGGACCGUCUCCCCAGUGUGGGAUGGUGCCCCCUGUGGGAUCCUAGUUUUGCAUGUAAUUUAUUUAUAAAUACUGUUUCCAAAAAAGUUGGUACACUUCACCACAAGUCUGUAGUUUGAUGAAUCACUUGAACGAAGAAAGAAAAAAUCUGAAAAAUGAAGUAACUAGAAUCUAAAUUGUCGGACUGAAUGUGAACAGGGGUUGGGUUUUAAAGGAGCGUCUCAGUCCGGGUUCAGUCCGGAUCGGUUUCCAUAGACCGUAGUGACCGCGGACUGCAGGAUUUCGCACUGGGAGAAAAGUGAAAGUGCUUUACUUGAAUUGCACGUUUAUGUCUUAAUUCAGUUUUAGAAGUGUACCAACUUUUCUGGAAAUCGGGUUUGUUGUAGGACAAGCUGUUUUAAGGUGGAGGCCACAUGUUUACCAGGAGUUUAGUUCGACACCAGCGUGCGUUUAGUAAUUUUCUGCUGCACAAAAGACUUUUGCACAAGAUCAUCGCAGAGGUUAGGGGCGAUAGAAACGUGUGAGAAAACACACACACACACACACACACACACACAGUCCUGCUGC